AUGGUCGUCAUUGCGAAACCCUUCCAUACGCCCGUCCUUCGGGAUGUGCUAUUCCAAUCUAUUCGGCGUGCGCCCACCACUCAUACCAAUAAUGGCGACUCGCUGCGCCGUGUUGUCCUCCAACGCAAUGCGCAUAUGGCAGCCGCCGAUGCGGAUACUUUUCAAACGAAUCAUUUCCAGCGCCAUCGUCGCAUGUCUAUGGAUAUGGCAAGCACCGGUGCGGCACCCGAGGAGGUGCCACGAUCGCAUACACCGGAACAUGUAGACAGGCAUGGCCGCGAGUCCCCAUUUGGGAUCCGACGCCCUGUCUCGCGGUCGAUUGACACAUCUUCUCAGUUGAUGCCAGCAACGCUGCGUGAGCUGGAACUUGAGGAUGCGUGGUUCGAGGGCCUUUUUGAGGAACUCCAGCUCGGCGACGAGCCUGUGUCCUUAGAAGAGGCUCCGCUGGUGCAGCCUUCACCCCACAAUGUAUUUGCGCCUCGGAUUAAGGUACCGGCUGUUCAGACUGCGCGUAUUUAUGAAAAUGAGAUGGGAUGUUGCGCAUGA